GUCGCCAAUUUCACCCUUCAGUCGUGAGUUCUUGUUGAUUCCAUCACAAUCCUGCAACACUGCAGAUCCGCCAUUCUCCUCUUGAUUCUUCUCCCUACAACCACUGUCGAAGGAAUCCAUUGAAGAGGAAGAAGAAGAAGAAGAAUGCAGAAUUACCCAGAAGAGCUUCGAACGCCGCCUGUGAGGCUAAUAUCGCUCGUUGGAUGCCCCGACCUUCACCCCACCAUCUCCAACCACCUCCUUUCCGAGCAGCCUCCGAUCCACACCCUUGCGUUCCCCGACCUCUCCAAUAUCUCCUUUCUCCUCCCUCUUCCUUCCUCCAAGGAAUCCUCUGAACCUUCUCUUUCCACUCCUCCUCCCGGUAUUCUCAAGAGGGAUUGGCUUCUUAAGCGUCGGACCAAGGUUCCUGCUGUUGUUGCUGCUCUUUUCCCCUCUCUUCAUGUUUCUGGCGAUCCUGCCCAGUGGCUUCAGCUCUGCUCCGAUCUCGAUCACCUCAAAGCUGUGACUCGUUCGAGGAACAUCAAGUUAGUUGUCAUUAUUGUCCAUUCUGAUUCCAAAGAUGAUAUCAACGAGGAUCGAAUGAUUGCUCUGCGCAAACGUGCUGAAGUGGACACGAAAUAUGUCAUCUUUGUUAAGCCUAAUGAUGCUUCGGAUUUAUCGCAAUCCCUUCACAGGCUACGGAACUCCUUCUCAGAGCUAGCAAAUGUAUACUAUAAAGAUGAAGGAAGGAAGCUGAAAACACGAAUUGAAAAGAGGACCUCCAGUUACACUGAGUUGAAUAUUCGGUAUUGCUUUAAAGCUGCCGUUUAUGCAGAGUUCCUAAGUGACUGGAUUGAAGCUUUACGCUUUUAUGAGGAUGCCUACAACAAGCUGUGGGAGAUUUCAGGGUUACCAACAAGGUCACUAUCAAUUCAGCGGUUGGUUGAGAUUAAAACAGUUGCAGAGCAAUUGCAUUUUAAGAUAUCAACCUUGUUAUUGCAUAGUGGAAAGGUCGUUGAAGCAGUGACAUGGUUCCGCCAACACAUUACCUUGUACAGUAGGUUAAUUGGAGAGCCAGAUACUGAAUUUCUUCACUGGGAAUGGAUGAGUAGACAAUUUAUGGUAUUUGCCGAGUUGCUAGAGACAAGCUCAACAACUAGUCUUAGCAUCCCAGCACUGGGUCUAGGCACUGGAAACAAGCCUUUAACUGAAUGGGAGUUUCAUUCAGCUUAUUACUAUCAGUUAGCCGCUAACUAUCUGAAGGAGAAGAGAUCAUCUUUUGAACUGAUAUCAUCAAUGUACAUAAAUGCUGAUGAAUUGGAAAAAACUACCGAGUCUUUGGUACCGUCGGUAUAUGUGGGGCAGUAUUGUAGGUUACUUGAACAAGUUGAUGUAACGCUCAUGCAAACUGUUACGGAUAAAGCGUUUCUGAAUAAUACCAUUGCUGGAGAAAAGAAGCAUCAAGAACCAUUUCAUAUGAUUACUCUCCUCAAGAAAGCUUAUGAGUCGUAUAGCCAUGCCAAAGCUCAGAGAAUGAGCUCUUUUUGUGCAUGCCAGAUUGCUAAAGAGCAUUAUGCAAUGGACAAUUUAGAAGAGGCAAAAAGACAUUUUGAUAACGUUGCAAGUUUAUAUAGGAGGGAGGGAUGGAUCACUUUGUUAUGGGAAGUCCUCAGUUACCUGCGAGAUUUGUCUAGGAAACAUGGUAUUGUGAAAGAUUACUUGGAGUACUCUCUUGAAAUGGCUGCACUUCCCAUAUCAUUUGAUGUUCAUAUGCUGUCUCUCAGAUCCAAAGAUUGCUGCCCAGUGAACCCUGCAACUCUAGACAAUAGGGAAAAAAUCCACAACGAAAUAUUUAAUCUAGUUGAUGAAGAAUCAGUGUUGGCCUCAGUUGAACAUGGCAAAGAACUCAAAGUAACGGGAGACAAUCCUGUACAUCUUGAAAUUGAUCUAGUGAGCCCUCUUAGAUUGGUGCUUCUUGCUUCAGUUGCUUUUCAUGAACAAGUAAUCAAGCCUGGGGUGCCUACUCUGAUUACCGUGUCACUUCUAUCCCACUUGCCUCUUACCAUUGAACUUGAUCAAUUAGAAGUUCACUUUAAUCAGUCGGAGUGUAACUUUAUCGUAGUAAAUGCUGAAAGACUUCCUUCAGCUGGGAUGGCCAGUGAUCAACAUGGUCACAGAGUUGAGCAAGCUCCUUCUCUUGCACUUUCCUCAAAUAAAUGGCUACGGAUGACAUAUCAAAUUAAAUCUGAUCAAAGUGGUAAACUCGAAUGCACAUCAGUUAUUGCAAAGAUACGGCCAAACUUUACGAUCUGUUGCCGAGCUGAAAGCCCUGCUUCGAUGGAUGAUUUACCUGUUUGGAAGUUUGAAAAUCACCUGGAGACACUCCCAACAAAGGAUCCCGCUCUAGCCUUUUCUGGCCUGAAGACAAUCCAGGUUGAAGAGCUUGACCCAGAAGUGGAUCUAAUUUUAAGCGCUUCUACCCCUGCAUUAGUUGGAGAGACUUUCAUAGUACCUGUAACCGUGGUCUCCAAGGGUCCUGAUAUUCACUCUGGCGAGUUAAAGAUCAACCUGGUUGAUGUGCGAGGAGGUGGUUUGUUUAGCCCAAGAGAAACAGAAUCCUUUUCUAGUAGCCAUCAUGUUGAGCUUCUUGGCAUUUCUGGUAUGGAGGAUAAUGCAGACUCACAUUUGAUUUCUGAUGAAGCAAUGAAGAUUAAGCAGUCCUUCGGACUGAUUUCUGUUCCAUUUCUAAAACCUGGAGAGCCCUGGUCCUGCAAACUGCAAAUUAAGUGGCACCGGGCUAAACCCAUUAUGCUUUAUGUGUCCCUGGGUUACUCUCCACUUAGCGAUGAUCCAAAUGCUCAAAAAAUCAAUGUUCACAGGAGCUUGCAGAUUGAUGGAAAGCCUGCUGUCACAAUUGGUCAUCACAUUUUGCUGCCUUUCAGGCGGGAUGCGUUGUUGCUUUCAAGGACUAAAGCAAUCCCUCAGUCUGAUCAGUCAUUAUCUCUGCCUCUAAACGAAACUUGCAUACUGGUGAUCAGUGCCCAGAAUUGCACUGAGGUCCCAUUGCAACUAUUAUCCAUGUCAAUUGAAGCAGAUAAUGAUGGGACCGAAGAAAAGUCAUGUUCCAUAAAAAAUGCUAGUAGUAACCUUGUAGACCCAGCUCUUCUCACGCCUGGAGAAGAAUUUAAGAAGGUUUUCACUGUUACUUCCGAGAUAAAUUCAUCAAAGCAGAUUAGGUUAGGAAAUGUGUUACUUAGAUGGAAAAGAUACUCAAAGACUGAAGACCAAUAUGAUUCUAAUGUUGGUUCAGUCUUGACAACGCAGAGUCUUCCUGAUGUCGAUACAGAGUUCUCGCCUUUAAUUGUGUGCAUGGAGAGUCCUCCUUAUGCCAUCCUCGGAGAUCCAUUCACAUACUUUAUUAAGAUUAAGAACCAAUCAAAGCUAUUACAGGAAGUCAAGUUUUCUCUAGCAGAUGUACAGAGCUUUGUGAUAUCUGGUUCUCAUGAUGACACAAUUUCAAUACUCCCUGUAUCCGAGCACGUCCUUGGCUACAAGCUGGUUCCUUUGGCCUCAGGUAUGCUGCAGUUACCCAGAUUUACUUUAACCUCAGCAAGAUAUUCUGCUAGCUUUCAGCCUUCAAUGGCGGAAUCUACUGUUUUUGUGUUUCCAUCAAAGCCCCCCUGCGAGUUGGCUGACAAGGGAGACGCAGGACCAGAGUCUAGUGGUCCAAUAUCUACCAGCCUUUCUUGAAGGAAGUGACUUGUGGACUGACGUGGGGAUGUUUUUAGUAUUCCAACUUCUGAUAUUUCUGAUUGAUUAGCUGGACUGAUGUGGGGGUGUUUUUAGCAUUUCAAGUCCUGAUAAUCAUGUAUCUGAUUUAUUAGACGAAGACAGGGACUGGGAUUUUGUCGAGGCCAGCAGUUGGGUACACAACACUUUGUAAUAAUACCCUAAAAGAGUUUACGUCAUGAGGAAAUAUUUCCCCUCCCAAAACAAAAAACAAAAGGGAAGACCAUCAUAUCAUCCCACUUCUUCAGCCUUCACCAUGGUGGGCGCUGAACCAUCAAAUUGAUUACUCCAUUGACAGGCAUCCCGUCGGAAUCCGAAUCAUGGUACCCAAAAAGAUGCCCCGAGGUCUCUUGGAUGUGUCAGUCUUAUCAUGAAGAAGAAGAUAAAGAGAGAUUGCAGGCAUUUCCACACAACUAAUCACAACUAUUAUGAGUUGGAAACUUCGCUCCCCUUUUUGGUACUCUGCCUUUUGAGUUGUUUAUAAACAUGGUGAUACUGAUUGAUCAUAGAUUUAUUGUAUUGAUUUUGAAAAGAAUCUUCUGUUUAUUUCCAAUAGAAAAUUGUGCUUAGAGAUCCAUUUGCAGAAAUGAGCAGCAGCUACUUUGAGCUGUGAAAGUAGUAAUAUAUUAUAGUUUGUGAG